AUGGGCCUCGACACCGCAUUAUCCCCUGUCGUAAAUUUUAUUAAAUCUCUUUCCUCUCCCGUUCAAAUUCUUGGACUGCUAAUUAUAGUAUAUAUUAUUCGAAAGAUUGUGCAGUCAAGAUUUCGAAAACCUCCUCCCCCUCCUCGAGAAAAGCCUCUUGAGCCUAUGAAGAAACGCGACUUCACUCCUGUUGAGUUGCUAGAGUACGAUGGCGUGAAGCAGAAGCGAGUCCUUCUUGCCGUUAACUUUAAGGUUUUUGAUGUAACACGUGGAAAAGACUUCUAUGGUCCAGGUAAGUUUAUCGACGGAUGUCAUUGUUAGAGCAAUAUGGCUAGAUUUUAAGGGUUACAAUGAAUGUCGAUGUAGAUUUCGUGCACCUUCAUUUACCCUUGUCAGAUUUGUUCAGGAUCGAUUAGGUAUUAGCUUAGCCUUAAUUUUGGCCGCAUUUCUGCGUCAAUCGUUCUAUGUAACUGACCACAGAAUGGUGCUAGAGUAGUUGAUCGAAUGUCUGUGUAAUUUCUUGCAUGUGUGAGUACGAGUUUCAAGAAACUUACCAGUACACUGGGGCAUCUUUACGUCGUCAUCUUGGCCUUAUGAAAGUUUUCAGUGACAAUUGUUCAUACACCAACAGUUCUUCAUAUCCUUCUUUGUAUAUUUUGUGCUUACAAGUACUUAGAACAAAUUAAAAUUGGCGCCAUUAAUUAUAACGGUCCUCAGCCUGUGUAUCAGUUCAUUGUUAUUCAAAUAUGUCAAGCAUGUGACUCGAGCAUGCUUCCUUUGUUUUCAAAGGAACUGAAUAGAUUUUACUUAUCUGCUAUUUUCUUUUCUCCUGCAAAAAGAGGUCCUAGUGUUAGAAGUACUGCAUUUUAUGCCAUGAACCCCAGUCUUGUAAUAAAAACCUUUGUCUUUGUCUUUGUCUUUUACCGGAUACCUUCAGAUGAUUAAUUUUGUUAAAAUUUUGAUUUUUGAUUUUUUAUACUUUCCACUCAGAGGGGGACACUUUGAGAGGCUAUAACUUGGAAUUUGUUUGAUUGACCUAGAAUUUUCAAGAUUUGUUACUUUAAUGUGCAAGCAGCAAAAAUGUGUUGGGGAAUUUUUGUUUCUUAAAAUUUUUUGGUGACGGGCAUUUUUGUAUGACCAUCCUACUUCUUUUUAGUGCCAUUUCCAAUUUGUUCUGUAACUUGUGAUCGUAAUCAAAAAUGGGAAAACACUGACAUUUUUUUCAGGGCUUCGACUUCCCAAAGACUAGAACAAAUCAAAUAAGUGAAAAAUAAACAUUGCUGUUUGUUUUUAGGUUUUUAAAACAGAUUCGGACAUUUGCAUGAAAAAAUCCUUAAAAAAUCAUCAAUUGGGAAAGCCAGUUUAAUAAGCUUUAAUUAAAAGUAUCUACAGUUUAAUUGGAACGUGGCACAUUACUUGCACGUGAGACACUCCUCUGUCUUGGUUUCCAAGAUCUUGAGGUUACCACCUUUUUUGUAAAAAAUAGUUAUGUUAAUGAAUGUUUUCACACAAAAAGAUGGAUUAGCUUUAUUUUCUAUUGUAACUUUUUAACUAUUGAUAGCUCAACCUUGUAGUAACUUUAACCAUUUUGAAGUUUCUUUUGUAAAGACCUUGUGAGGGUUAAUCAUCUAUUGACCAGAGCUUGGAGACAGGGAUUUGGGGCAAAUAAUUGGGACAAACAGUACAAUAAAAUUUGUAUAUUUCGUAACAGUUGCCAAAGCAAAACCUUACACCAACCUCACGAAACAUUGCAAUCUAUGUACCACACAGAAGUUCUUUUUAAUGUGUAGGCCUCACAUGGCAACACUGAACAAGCACAACGAACUUGUCUCAACAUGUAGACAUCGAUGCAAGUUCAUCCUAAGGUAUAAUUGGCCAUGUCAAAGCCAGGGAUUUUAGUGCCAGCAUUUAGUGUGACUUGGGUUUCAUAUAAGAGUUGUAGGCGAUUAAGAGCACGUGCGCACUUCUCAUUCUAAAAUUUUUAAAAAUUUAAAUUUCAAACUUUAUAUGUAAUCGUUUUUGUCACGCGAUUAUAUUGUUGAUGUAGACCCCAUUGCUUCAGUGUUAUAAGGGAGGUUAACUGAGUGGGUCACCUCUUCGAUGGCCUAUGAAACAAGUUUGUAUUAAACACCCAUGCACUCAGGAUUUGAGUAGUUCACCUACUGGUCUAUUCUGCUCCUUCACUGCAAGUAGAGCACUGUCUUGGCUUCGCCGGUGAACACCCAACUGAAUUGUAUUUCUUAUAUAUAUUUUUUAGCAUUGUAAAUAGUUCACUUUUUAAACCUAAGCGUACGAUGUUGGAUUAAAACUGUGAAAUCAAAGUACAAGGCUGCAAAAGUGAUGCUGAAAUAACUACAGGGUCUUCACGGUAUAAGGGUUUCAGACUUUGACCAAAACACUCUUAAAAGGGCCUCUCCAUGACUAUGGUUUGAGGUUUGAGGUGUUGCGUUUCGUCUGUAGUGGAUACAUUAGUUUACUGGGCUGCCUGUUACAUGCCCAGACUAAAAUCUUCUUUCAUUCAGCCAUUGCCUUGAAAAAAUGACAAAUGUUUAUCAAUAUGGACCCAGAUUAAGCCAAAAGGUAUAGCGUGUUUUGAUAAACAUGUUUUUGCACAUCAGUGGGCACUGUCAACUAUGCAGCUGCUUCGGGGCUGGCUUUUGAUUUUAUAUCCCAUUUUUAAAAUUAUUUAGCACAUGGCUUUUUGAGGUCUAAAAGGCAGCCCAGUGAAACUCCUGUGGUUUUUAUUAUUAACAGUCAAGUUUUUCCAUUCAGGUGGACCUUACAGCGUGUUUGCGGGACAUGAUGCUAGCCGAGGUCUUGCUACGUUUGAUGUUGGACCUGAUGCCGUGAAAACAGAACAUGAUGAUCUGUCAGACUUAAACAGCAUGCAACUGGAUUCUCUGCAUGAAUGGGAGACACAGUUUAUGGAAAAAUACGACAUGGUUGGAAGACUCUUAAAGCCUGGUGAGAAACAUCAACAAUAUUACGAUGAAUCAGAAACAGAGGAGGAAGAUGGAAAAGGAGGAAAGAAAGAGCAAUAA